GCUGUUUAAAUUCACUCUGUUCUGGUCAUCUAUUCCAGGUGAGAGACUGUAUGAUUAAAAUUAAAGGAAUAAUAACGAGGCGUUGUUUUAAUUUUACAAAUCUUUCGAUGGCUUACAAAGAUAGGUAUGAAAUGAAUGAUCAACGUGAAAGAAAUGUUGCUUGUACGAGAGACCAAUGAUAUGGAUGUCUUUACUUUGAAAACAAAACAACCAUGUUGUUAAUUUUUGUUAAUAGCGUUUUCGUAUUACUAUUUGCUAAUAUGAUAAUCAGCUUAAAUAGAAAUGAUUAAAUGAAAAUGAAUGCAUAUAUAAGCCAGGUAGCUAAAAAAAAAAAAAUUAAUCGGACACUUCACAAAAUUACUCGGUGCAAAUAAAAGAAAUAGCAGCUUAAAUAGCAAAUAGUCAAUUACAGUUAAAACUUUAUAUGCCCGGUGGCUAAACAAUAUGUAUAUUUGUUUUUUUUUAUGUAAUACAUGACGGCAAAGGCAGAAAAAAUGUCUCGAGAAAGAUGCUUCGGUUAUCAUUAUAUCUGGUGUUCUUGCAUCGUCACCUUCUCACUGCCCACCAACUUGAACAAUCCACCCCGGCAGUAUCUAAUCAGGAUCUUAAUGUCAAAGAGUUGUUAGGAAAUGGACUUUUGGCGGAUGGGGUGGCAAAAAUUGACCGAAAUGGAUUGACGUCAUUUAUGAAUGGCCCAUGAUGGCCUUUUCAGUUUUAAAAAAACAACAAAAAAAAACAACUUUUCCUUGAAAGUUCAAGGGAAGAAAAAACUCGACGAAAUGAACUUUAGAUUUAUCAAAGUUGCUUCCCUCGAAGAAAGAAGCAUUCCAAAUUUUCCGGCAAUUGCUCAAACAUUAGAUUCUUUUUUUAACGCUAUGUUUUCUUUGUUGUUCUUGUUGUUUUGUUUUGUUUAUUAUUAUUAUUAUUAUUUUUUAUCAUUAUUAUUAUUUUUUUGCUUUAAAAAAAUAAUUGACGCAUUCGGGAAUUUUCGCGCAAGUAAACUAUCUGACAAAACUAAGAUGUGGCUAAAGCUCCAGCGAUUUACCCUCUAGGGAACUAAGAGAAACGGGGGGCUCAAAAUUGGAGCCCAUGUUAAAUUUCAUGCAAGAUUGAGACUAUUGAUAAAUAGUAACCCUAAUACUAAUACCAACGAUUGGGAUAAUGAUUAAAAAUUAUGAGUAACAAUCAUGAUAUUGAUCAUGGUAAAAAAUAUAAAUACUAGUAAAUUACAUUAAUAAUAGUAUUAUUUAUAAUAACAAAUAUUUUAUUUCUUACUACCAACAAGAACAGAGAUAUUUAAAUAAAGUGACGGCCUGUAAUAGUGAUUGAACGAAUGCGUUUGCUUCAUUGUAUAAAAAUAAUUAGUUUUAAUAUGUCAAAUAUUAUAAGAUUCCAAAUGAACUAUAUAUAUAUACGUGAUUGGUAUUUGGAGUUGUUAUUGUUAGUCUCUAUAAGUAAUAUGAGUACUAUAAGGUCUAUAAGUUCUGUAAGUAAUAUGAUAACUAUGAAUACUAUGAGUACUAUGAGUAAUAUAAGUACUAUGAGUAAUAUAAGUACUAUGAGUACUGUAAGCUCUAUAAGUUAUGUAAGUAAUAUGAGUACUAUUAGUUCUAUAUCUUCUGUAAGUAAUAUGAGAUCUGUGAAUACUAUUGAGUACCAUAAGUACUAUAACAAGUUAAACACUUUGUGAAGCAUCUUUUUCUUCUUCUUUUAUUUCUUUACAAUACAGCGGAGGCGUUCAAAUCUCUCAAAAAAAGAUGCUUCGUUUGUCGUUUUAUCUGGUGUUCUUCCAUCUUCACCUUCUCACGAUCAAAUCUGCUGCAGUACUUUCAAAUAGUGAUUUACAUGUUGAACAACUGUUACAAGAUGGUGACUUCACAGUUUACUGUAAGAGUCUAAUCCAAGAAAAUAUCAUUUCAAAGUCUUCACAGGAAUGGUGUGCAUUGUUUGAUUUAUCAAAGGACUUAAUCGUCGGAAUUAAUUAUUGCGAUCGGACGGGGUAUGAAGAGUUAACACGAGCUGCUUGCACCAAAGAAGGUUCGGUUGUCAUGACAACACAGACAAAAAUGGCAGCUACGCCAACAUCGUACAUAUCAACACCAGAAUCCAUAUUCAUGACAACCAUGGAAGUCUCCCGAGAGAUUCUAAAAACACAAUCAACAAGUUCGCCCUACAUUAAGUUGACAUCGACAGAUAAAUAUCUUUUGGGGGAACAAAUAGAGACAUCAAGCCAUACGUUGACCACAGCUGAUCAAAGACGACAAACCAACGACAACGUAAUGUCGUCAUCAGACACAACUAUCAACACAAGAAAAUUGCAAAAUCCUGGUUCUACCACAGUCCACGAUUUAUUAAGAUCAACUGAAACGGACCAAACGUUAGAGAACAGCCUGGAGGAUCUACUUCAACAGGUCCUGGAUUACAAGAACAAAACUGACUACGUGGACGAAUGUAAGACUGUUGCACUGACCAAACUGACCAGAGGAAAUGACGUCACUAGGGUGUGCGCCACGAUCAAACAGUUGAAAGUAAUCUUGGAUGACAAGUGUGUCAAGACAGACUACGACCUUCUCGUUGUGGAGACACUGCAGCUGUUCGGCUGUUUGGUGUGUCAUCUUUAGAAUAGUAAUUUAGUAGCUUGCUAAGAAUUUUUCAUUUUAUAAUUUAUUUUUAAAAUAUUAUUGUAAAAGAUUUUUUAAAAUUAAUUUUUAAAAUUUAAUUUUAAAUUUUGUUAUUUGUUUUCUUAUGAAUUUAGUAACCAGAAGUCAUCCUGUAGUCAUUUUAUAAUUUUUGAUGAUAAAUGAUUCUUUAAAUAUUACUUACAUAGCACCCUUAUAUUGAGGAGUCAAAACAUGAAGGAGUGGAGAAUUCCCAAAUGCAUGAAGACUUACCACCUGUCGUAGGGUAUCAGAUAGCAUACCGACGAGGCUAUUGCUACCGUGACUCUAACAGUAUAGUUAUAAAUCAAGGCACUUGAUAUAAAUCAAGGCACUGGAUAUAAAUCAAGGCACUGGAUAUAAAUCAAGGCAUUGGAGUAAAGGAGCUGGGGGCUUGUUAUGAGAAAUUUCCAUAAAAGACCGAGGUUUUUGGAACUUGUUCGUGCAGACAGUCGUCGGCACGAUUCGUCAAUGAGCAGGACGAUCAGAUGGCACGCGACAUUUUCGGUAGUUAUCAAUCAAAGGUUGCUAGUUAACGAGAAAUGUCCAUUGCAACGGUAAGAAAGAGCGUGAAGUAAGUCAUAGUGUGAUGAUGAGGAUUAACUACUCGCACAGCGCUUGUACCCAUGCUACUUUAGCACGCCCACAGCGCUUGUACCCAUGCUACUUUAGCACGCCCACGGCGCUCUGAUUUAAUCUAUUUAAAGAAAAAAAAAUAUUUAAAUGUUUCUUAAAUGAUUUUGUUAUCAUUUUUAAUUUCCCUCAAAGACUUAGGCAAAAUAUUCCAUAAUUUAUGCGCUAUAGCUUCAAAAGAUUGCACUCCGCAUUACUUCUUUAUGUGUCCCUCCACACUGGGAACUCUUAGUAGGGACCGUGUUGAUGAGCUCAGGUUCUUUAACGAUACAUGUUUGGAAAUCAGUUUCAGGGUGGAGAAAUUAAUGAGUAGCAAAAGUGGUCAAAAGAUGUCGAGACUAAUUCGAGGUCAAAUAAAAGGGGAUCGUUAGAGGGGGGGAAAGGGCUGAACUCGGCCAAGAGCGCAGAACUCGCCCGAAGAGCCGUAGAGGGAUUCGGAGCACAGAAUGCAGUCAACGAGUAGAGGCGAUAGCUGAGGGACCAGAAGACGAGCCGUGACAGUCAGGGCUGUUUGACAGGCGAGUGAAAGUGGAAGCCAUUGUUACAGAUUAAUUGAGCUCAAAGGUUACAACCGCCGACGUGUUGUGCAGUGCACGUGACAGAGGGAACGAGGCUGUCAUCCGAGCUCAAGUUUUAGACACAGGAAAGCAGUGGACAAGUAACGGUUCACGAUGGUACUCCACGAAUGAACACAAUGUUAGAGCAGUGCACACUUCUAUUGCUGCCCUCAGAUACUACUUACCAGCUAAGUGCUAUUUCUUAUUUUUAUUUUUAUACCGUUUUUUCUGUUGUUUUGUUCGCUGACGAAGGCUUUCUGCCGACACGUUCGCUGUUUUGUUACGUUUAUUUUUUCAGGUUUAUUUAUUUAUUUAUUUAGGCAUUUUUAUAUAGCGCUUAUCAUAAAGCUCUAAGCGCUUUAGAAUUAUUAAAACAUGUAAACUAAGUAAAUAAACCCUACUCUGUUUUACUCAUUUUAUAGAGCAGUCACAGGAGUAUAGACGUAUUGUUAAUGCUCCUAAUUAAGUUGUAUUUUGUCAACAUAGUUUAUUUUCACUUGAAUAAUGUAUGCAAUCAUAUAUACACAUCGCUUAAUUGGUAUAUGUCAGCUGAAUAUUGAAUCGGACAAAAAAAAAAAUAAAAAACAACCUAAAAACAAAGCUUUCCAUAUACAUCCUUGAAAUGAAUGAUUUAUCAUUUUAUUUUUCAGUAGCAUUCUAAUGACCCGCCAGCUUUUACACCGCAGAUUUACUUCAACCUUUUCAGAAAAAAUAACAAAGAAAAUGUUACGCAUAGAACGCACUCGCGAUAUUUUUAUUAUUUUUAAAGAAUCUUAUUUAAGGCAGAUAUAAUUCAAAAUGUUCAGCGCCCGAUCUCAGAAGGGGAUCACGUCUAAACCAUCGGCUCAGAAGGGGAUCACGUCUAAACCAUCGGCUCAGAAGGGGAUCACGUCUAAACCAUCGGCU